AUGGUGGUUAUUGCUGGGAUUCCUAUGAUCCCCAUGGUGGUUAUUGCUGGGAUUCCUGUGACCCCCAUGGUGGUUAUUGCUGGGAUUCCUAUGAUCCCCAUGGUGGUUAUUGCUGGGAUUCCUAUGAUCCCCAUGGUGGUUAUUGCUGGGAAUCCUAUGAUCCCCAUGGUGGUUAUUGCUGGGAUUCCUAUGAUCCCCAUGGUGGUUAUUGCUGGGAUUCCUAUGAUCCCCAUGGUGGUUAUUGCUGGGAUUCCUAUGAUCCCCAUGCUGUUUAUUGCGGGGAUUCCUAUGAUCCCCAUGGUGGUUAUUGCUGGGAUUCCUAUGAUCCCCAUGGUGGUUAUUGUUGGGAUUCCUAUGAUCCCCAUGGUGGUUAUUGCUGGGAUUCCUAUGAUCCCCAUGGUGUUUAUUGCUGGGAUUCCUAUGAUCCCCAUGGUGGUUAUUGCUGGGAUUCCUAUGAUCCCCAUGGUGUUUAUUGCUGGGAUUCCUAUGAUCCCCAUGGUGGUUAUUGCUGGGAAUCCUAUGAUCCCCAUGGUGUUUAUUGCUGGGAUUCCUAUGAUCCCCAUGGUAGUUAUUGCUGGGAUUCCUAUGAUCCCCAUGGUGUUUAUUGCUGGGAUUCCUAUGAUCCCCAUGGUGGUUAUUGCUGGGAUUCCUAUGAUCCCCAUGGUGUUUAUUGCAGGGAUUCCUAUGAUCCCCAUGGUGUUUAUUGCUGGGAUUCCUAUGAUCCCCAUGGUGUUUAUUGCUGGGAUUCCUAUGAUCCCCAUGGUGUUUAUUGCUGGGAUUCCUAUGAUCCCCAUGGUGUUUAUUGCUGGGAUUCCUAUGAUCCCCAUGGUGUUUAUUGCUGGGAUUCCUAUGAUCCCCAUGGUGGUUAUUGCUGGGAUUCCUAUGAUCCCCAUGGUGGUUAUUGCUGGGAUUCCUAUGAUCCCCAUGGUGGUUAUUGCUGGGAUUCCUAUGAUCCCCGUGGUGGUUAUUGCUGGGAUUCCUAUGAUCCCCGUGGUGGUUAUUGCUGGGAUUCCUAUGAUCCCCGUGGUGUUUAUUGCUGGGAUUCCUAUGAUCCCCGUGGUGUUUAUUGCUGGGAUUCCUAUGAUCCCCGUGGUGUUUAUUGCUGGGAUUCCUAGGAUCCCCGUGGUGGUUAUUGCUGGGAUUCCUAUGAUCCGAUCCCGCGUGGUGGUUAUUGCUGGGAUUCCUAUGAUCCCCGUGGUGGUUAUUGCUGGGAUUCCUAUGAUCCCCGUGGUGGUUAUUGCUGGGAUUCCUGUGAUCCCCGUGGUGGUUAUUGCUGGGAAUCCUGUGAUCCCCGUGGUGGUUAUUGCUGGGAUUCCUGUGAUCCCCAUGGUGGUUAUUGCUGGGAAUCCUGUGAUCCCCAUGGUGGUUAUUGCUGGGAUUCCUGUGAUCCCCAUGGUGGUUAUUGCUGGGAUUCCUGUGAUCCCCAUGGUGGUUAUUGCUGGGAUUCCUGUGACCCCCAUGGUGUUUAUUGCUGGGAUUCCUGUGAUCCCCAUGGUGUUUAUUGCUGGGAUUCCUGUGAUCCCCAUGGUGUUUAUUGCUGGGAUUCCUAUGAUCCCCGUGGUGGUUAUUGCUGGGAUUCCUAUGAUCCCCGUGGUGGUUAUUGCUGGGAUUCCUAUGAUCCCCGUGGUGGUUAUUGCUGGGAUUCCUAUGAUCCCCGUGGUGGUUAUUGCUGGGAUUCCUAUGAUCCCCGUGGUGGUUAUUGCUGGGAUUCCUAUGAUCCCCGUGGUGUUUAUUGCUGGGAUUCCUAUGAUCCCCGUGGUGGUUAUUGCUGGGAUUCCUAUGAUCCCCGUGGUGGUUAUUGCUGGGAUUCCUAUGAUCCCCGUGGUGGUUAUUGCUGGGAUUCCUAUGAUCCCCGUGGUGGUUAUUGCUGGGAUUCCUAUGAUCCCCGUGGUGGUUAUUGCUGGGAUUCCUAUGAUCCCCGUGGUGGUUAUUGCUGGGAUUCCUAUGAUCCCCGUGGUGGUUAUUGCUGGGAUUCCUAUGAUCCCCGUGGUGGUUAUUGCUGGGAUUCCUAUGAUCCCCGUGGUGUUUAUUGCUGGGAUUCCUAUGAUCCCCGUGGUGUUUAUUGCUGGGAUUCCUAUGAUCCCCGUGGUGUUUAUUGCUGGGAUUCCUAUGAUCCCCGUGGUGGUUAUUGCUGGGAUUCCUAUGAUCCCCGUGGUGUUUAUUGCUGGGAUUCCUAUGAUCCCCGUGGUGUUUAUUGUUGGGAUUCCUAUGAUCCCCGUGGUGUUUAUUGCUGGGAUUCCUAUGAUCCCCGUGGUGUUUAUUGCUGGGAUUCCUAUGAUCCCCUUGGUGUUUAUUGCUGGGAUUCCUAUGAUCCCCGUGGUGGUUAUUGCUGGGAUUCCUAUGAUCCCCGUGGUGGUUAUUGCUGGGAAUCCUAUGAUCCGCAUGGUGGUUAUUGCUGGGAAUCCUAUGAUCCGCAUGGUGGUUAUUGCUGGGAUUCCUAUGAUCCCCAUGGUGGUUAUUGCUGGGAUUCCUAUGAUCUCCAUGGUGGUUAUUGCUGGGAAUCCUAUGAUCCGCAUGGUGGUUAUUGCUGGGAUUCCUAUGAUCCCCGUGGUGUUUAUUGCUGGGAUUCCUGUGAUCCCCGUGGUGGUUAUUGCUGGGAUUCCUAUGAUCCCCGUGGUGGUUAUUGCUGGGAUUCCUAUGAUCCCCGUGGUGGUUAUUGCUGGGAUUCCUAUGAUCCCCGUGGUGGUUAUUGCUGGGAUUCCUAUGAUCCCCGUGGUGGUUAUUGCUGGGAUUCCUAUGAUCCCCGUGGUGGUUAUUGCUGGGAUUCCUAUGAUCCCCGUGGUGGUUAUUGCUGGGAUUCCUAUGAUCCCCGUGGUGGUUAUUGCUGGGAUUCCUAUGAUCCCCGUGGUGGUUAUUGCUGGGAAUCCUAUGAUCCGCAUGGUGGUUAUUGCUGGGAUUCCUAUGAUCCCCAUGGUGUUUAUUGCUGGGAUUCCUAUGAUCCCCAUGGUGGUUAUUGCUGGGAUUCCUAUGAUCCCCAUGGUGGUUAUUGCUGGGAUUCCUAUGAUCCCCAUGGUGGUUAUUGCUGGGAAUCCUAUGAUCCCCGUGGUGUUUAUUGCUGGGAUUCCUAUGAUCCCCGUGGUGUUUAUUGCUGGGAUUCCUAUGGUCCCCAUGCUAUUUAUUGCUGGGAUUCCUAUGGGGCAGGCAGUGGGCGGCUGGGGGGCAGGCAAUGGGUGGCUGGGGGCAGGCGCUCAGUGUGAAACCAUUCAAACCCGGUUUAGUUUCUUAGCGUAA